GGGCUUUCGAGUCAGGAAAGUAUGUUGAUUGAAAGAUGGACUUUUUUGAUGAUCAGAUCUGGGGGUAAUGACACAUACUGAAGAAGGCUCGCGAUCUCGGCGCGAUCAUUCGUCCGAGUUAGACUCUGAAUCCAUAAAACAGUUGCUCGAAGAUGGAGAAUUGGACACAUUGCGCUGGGAGGACGAUGACAUAUCGCUACGAUCGGCAGCAUCCAACAGUCGCUUACCAUACGACAAGCUAACCGCUCAAGAGUUGGUCCAUUUUCCUGAUGCUUCGGAUUCAAAGGCAUCUACGAACUUGUACCUGUUUAUCAGAAACAAAAUACUUCAACUGUGGCUUCUGGAACCUAAUGUGGAGCUUACCAGUGAAGAUGCUAUCGAUCAACUCCCAAUUCCUUUCAAUAGCGACCGUCGAUUUGUUCGUCGAAUUCAUGGCUUUCUCCAAAGAUAUGGUUUUAUCAAUUAUGGCAACUUCCAUCGGUUAGCUUCAGCUCUUGUAUUGACUUCGAAGCGAAAAAAAGUCAUUAUCAUUGGUGCUGGUGCUGCUGGCAUCGCUGCUAUGAAACAAUUACAUUUUUUCGGCUUCGAUGUAGUGUUACUGGAAGCAAGAAAAAGGCUUGGUGGUCGCGUUCAUACUUACCAUCAAAAAGAUUCGAGUGUAGUCGCCGAUCUUGGAGCGAUGGUUGUUACAGGAAUUAAUGGGAACCCUAUUGUAACGAUGAUGCGACAGACCCAGUGUACUCCUGUUCGUAUCACACCAGAUUGUCCCAUUUUUGAUGAAUAUGGAAAACUAGUGGAUCAAAGAAAAGACGAGCUGGUGGCUGAAGCCUUCAAAAAAAUUGGCGAUACUGCUUCGUACAUUGCGCAUACGUUGGGUGUGACUGAAGUGAAUGGAAAGAACCUGAGCAUAGCUGAUGCUUACAAUGAGAUCCUUGAAAUGUUGGAAUUACGAAUGCAAAGGAGGCGUCUCAAGUACUGGCAGAUCUAUGAGGAGAUACUAGAAAAGAUGAAGCAGGUUCAAUACGAGAUCACUUUGUAUAAGAAAAGUGCAGAAUUCUUGGCGGAAAAGUUGAAGUCCUGGGAUGGAAGCUUGUAUCACACACUAGAUUCUGAUUCGCGUCUUGAGCAAGAUAUACUUCGUCGCUGCUAUAAGCGCGAUCUUGGAGAGGCUAUAAAGCGUUACGAUGCAGCCCGCGAUCGUUUCCGUAAUUUGGAAACUACGCUACGUAAUCUCAAGAAACAAGAACCCAGUGAAGUUUACAUGAAUCAGAGAGAUCGACGUCUGUUAGAUUUUCACUUCGCCAACUUAGAGUACGUCAGUGGAGGCACACUUGACAAGCUCUCUUUACAGCAUUUUGAUCAAGAUGAUGAAUUCCAGUUUACUGGCUCGCAUAUGGCAAUUCGCGAUGGCUAUGGUGAUUUCUUGACGAGGUUGGUGACUAGCGAUAUUGCUAGUGAUAUCAAGCAGAAUGCUGUUGUGGAGGAAAUCACAUACAAUGAGAAAGGAGUCGAAGUAAAGUACAAAACAGACGAGAUCACGGAGACUGUAGAAGGUGAUGUAUGUCUGUGCACUAUACCGUUAGGGGUUUUGAAGCGCUCAGUGACUGGAUGCUCGGAUGCGCCCAAAUUUGAGCCACCUUUGCCAGAGAAUACUGUGAAUGCUGUUCUCGAAAUGGGUUUUGGCAACUUCAACAAGGUUGUGCUGAUCUUUUCCCGUCCAUUCUGGGAUGUGACGCAAAAUUACUUUGGCCAUCUCAACCAUUCUAGGGCUUCUCGUGGAGAGAUGUUCAUGUUCACAGCGCUUAGCAAAGCUCCAGUGCUGAUUGCGAUGAUGGCUGGAGAAGCAGCAAAUUUGGAAGCUCCUAAUGAGGUGAUCGUCCGGAAAGCUAUGAAUGUGCUGGCAAACAUUUUUGGUUCCGCUUGCCCGAAGGGACCGGUUGAAGCUGUCAUAACUCGAUGGCAUAAGGAUCCAUUCGCAUGUGGAGCAUACGCCUAUAUACCGUGUGGAAGUCAUGGUGAUCUUUGCGACAUACUAGCUGAACCUGUUCGUGCAAAGCUCGAAGACGGUUCAUAUAGUGGUAAAGAGCGCAUAUUUUUUGCUGGAGAGCACACGAGUGGACGCUACCCUGCGUCAGUCCAGGGCGCAUGGCUGAGUGGUAUCCGGGAAGCUGCCAGAAUUGCCGAUCUCUAUUUGGGUUGUCCGUUCUCAGCAUCAAGCGCUGCUGAUCCAGAAUGUGUCCUGCUCGAUAGUGAUGAUGAUGUGGAAAUGGUGGAUAAUAGCGCUGACAGUAGCGUGGAACCUCCGGCUCCUGCCCCUGCCGAAGUACCCAAUACCGAAGUAUCCAGUGCUGAGGCGACGGGUAAGGAAAAUGGCGGUUCACAUUCGGCAGAUGUAGAAAUGGAUAAUGGUGAGCCUGAAAGCAAACGUGCCAAGACCGAAGAACCAAGCGAGUAAAGCAUUAUCUCGUUCUUUUGUCCGAUUAUGUAUUUUUAGAUCUCAUAAGCCAAAUUAGGCAAAUGUAAGGUGCAAAUUCGUUCCUUCUUUUCUUUUCGCCAUUUAUGUGACGGUCAAUUAAGCAGUUAUAGUGCGAAACUGCCAUCGCGGCCCGUUUGUUUCGUUUUCUUUGUUCUCGCUAAUAUCUUUUGUGUUCGCUACAUUCUUUGUACUCUUCACUUUCGAUUUUGGCAAAAGUCCUUGACGACUGACCAUUUCCUUUGAUGUUGAUUGACAUUGCAUUUGAGAGUAAAUGUGGAAUCUAUCAAAAGCAUAGAAAAGCGCAAGAGUAGG